AUGUCAGGGACGCAUACCUGGCAGGUGCCGGAGCAGCUUGCUUUGGCCCUUCCUGAGGUGAAGAUCUGGAAUCUCGGAAUGGUUGACGAGGAAGCUAAUUGGGUGUCUCUACAGGGUGGGAAGCCUGCGUGGCAAAAUUCUGGCCGCAAAGUCAACAUUGAAACCGGAGAUGUGGGUGUGAUCGUGACCUGCGACAUGGGCAGAGAGGGGAAGUGCAUUGCGGAAGUUCUGGACAUUUUCUCACAGGCCCUGGAGAAAUCUGGUCAAGUCAAGGACGCAGAUGAGGAUGAUGAGGAUGAGGACGACGGUGACAUCGAGGCUCAAAUCCAAAGGGAGCUGGCCGGUUUGAAGCCCAACAAGGACAAGAAAAAGCCGUUUGAGGCAGUACGCCUGGAGAUGCCUUGUGUGAUCUUUGUGCGAUUGGACAAAUCAAUCGACCCCGUGGAGCUUGUUCACCGUCUUUGCGCCGAGGCACAGGCAAAUCCAGAUCUGAAGAAGAGUCGAUAUGUGAAGCGUCUGACCCCAGUGACUGAGGUCCGAAAGACCUUGAGCGUGGAUGUCGAGGCCUUUGCCCGCCAGAUUCUCAAGCCAGUUUUCCACUCUGGAGGCCCGCCCAAAACGUAUGCCAUUCGACCUUCAGUACGGGGAAACAAUAAAUUCCAUCGGGACAGCAUCAUUAAGACCGUCGCCGAUGUGGUCGGAAAGGAGCACCCGGUCAAUUUGAAAAAUUACGAUCACAUGAUCCUAGUCGACGUCUGCCAGAAUAUUAUCGGUAUGAGCGUUGUAGGAGGCGACUACGACCGGCUCAAGCGGUUUAAUUUGGCCGAAAUCUAUGACCCAGGGCCGAAGACAGAGCCCAAGGGAGAGGGCAAGGUCGACGCCAAAGACUCCAGUGCAGGGGAUCAGGGAUCAGGAAUCUAG